CACCUACACAUACCUGAGCGUGUUGUGGUGCAGACCAGCAGCAGCUCACCUGUGCAGGUGUAACAUUUCCACAGUAACAUGUCUUACAGAGAGUUAAGAAACUGUGUGGAGAUGCUUCGGGCUCUGGGAUUCAAGCGCCUCAUCUCAGUCGAAAAUUUCCGCAGCCCGAACUUUCCCCUGGUGGCCGAGAUCUUGGGCUGGCUUGUCCAUCGCUUCGAGCCCACGGCAGACCUUCCCACAGACAUCGACACGGAGCAAGACAGGGUUAUAUUCGUCAGGUCCGUCGCUCAGUUUAUGGCGGCGAAGGCUCACGUGCGGCUCAACACCAAGAGACUGUACCAGGCCGACGGGUACUCGGUACAAGAGAUCCUGAAGGGCCUCAGCUUGCUGUACGCCGCCAUUCAGGAAAACGAGGGCGAGAAAGGCCUUGAGGACCAGGCGGAGAUCACUCUCAAUUUCGACGUCUCUAACAAGAUCUCUGAGCUCAAGCACAUCAGGUCCUUAGCCUCUGAGAUCACGAGAAGAGGAGCCACUCUCUAUGACCUCCUGCGAAGGGAGGUUGACCUCAGGGAAAUCCGUACCAACAUCAUCAACAGACAGCUGGAACUGACGGAAGUGGAGACAGGUAUCCAGGCCGCCAUCUCCUCCUGUGAGGAAGAGGGCAAACGCAACCAGAUCGCCAUAGAAAACGUAGGCUCCGAUGAAGCUAACCUGGACGCUAAAAUUGAAAAGAAGAAAACGGGACUCGAGCGGGGACAAAAGAGACUCCUAACCUUGAAGAAAGUCCGACCCGCCUUCAUGGACGAGUACGAGAAGCUGGAGCAGGACCUCAAACGUCAGUAUGAAGCCUUUGUUCAGAAGUUCAUCAGCUUGUCUUACCUCGAGAACCAGCUGGAUGACCACGACCGCGUCGAGCAAGAGAAGAUGGUCGAGAGGGAGUCAGCCACCCGCAAGAUGUUGGAGAAGCUGCGCUCUGAGGAAGGUCGGCUCGCUGGUGCUCCUGACGACGACUCUGACGACGACGAUGACUCUGACGACGACGACGAUGACGACGACGAGGGGGAUGCGCUCAUCAAAGACAUUGGCAAGGAGAAGAUCGUCGAGCAGGAGGUUAAGAAGAGCGCGGGGAAAGAUUUCAAGAUAACGCCAGUCCAUGACCUCACACCCGCCACAAAUCAAGGACACAGAGAUAAAAGAGGUCGUCGAGUCUUCGGCAACAUGGUGGGCGACCUGGAUUCAGAGUCCCUCGACUCGGACACCGAGCUCAACUUGGAGGGCGCCGUUGACUCUGACCUCGACGCUAACGACAUGGACCUCGUCAGCCCUCCGGACGUCGGGGGCGGCGCCGGAGGCCUCGGGGGGAUGCCGAUGGCCAACGGCGGCACCAAGCUCAAGGGGUCGAGGAUGAGAGCGGCGGCCGCGCCUCCCCCUGACGACGACGACGACUUCUAGGCUGCUGCCCGCCGAUUGAUUGAUUGAUAGAGAUUAAGCCACCCAAGAGGUGGCACGGGCAUGAAUAGCCCGUAAGUGGUGGCCCU